AUGUCUACAAGGAAAAGGCUAGUUAUUAUAAUUGACCAAAGUGGAUCGAUGAAAGCAAAACAGCGAAUGGUUUUAGCUAAGGAUGCAGCUUUAACUGUUCUCAAUACACUGACUCCUGAUGACUAUGUGAGUAUAUCUUUCUUUUUCUUUCAAUUGUUCGUAUAUAAAACAGCGGCCUAAAACAAUGACGAACUAAUUCAGAGCAUUACAAAAACAACAUAUUAAAUAUGAAUGAACUCUAAUUAGUUAAAACAACAACGACAACAACAACAACAACAACAACAACAACAACAACAACAACAACAACAACAACAACAGCAGCAACAGCAACAACAACAACAACAACAACAACAACAACAACAACAACAACAACAACAACAACAACAACAACAACAACAACAACAACAACAACAACAACAACAACAACAACAACAGCAACAGCAACCACAACAGCAGCAACAGCAACAGCAACCACAACAGCAGCAACAGCAACAACAGCGGCAACAACAGCAACAACAACAGCAACAACAGCAACAAUAA